UGGUCGAAUAAAUAAAACUAAAACGGAUUGCUGGGGAUACGUUUGUUUCAGUUUCAUUUACAUUAUAGACCACCCAUAUGAAUCUUGCAGCUGCUGAAUUUGCUCUAAGUGAGCUAUUAUCAAUAAAUUAUCUGGCAUCCAUGUAGUUGUGUCACCAUUUCGUGAACCUUGCGGUUGCGGUUGCAGCAUGCUUUGCAGCUUUGUUUUGACUUAUUUACUUGGUGCAUACACUUCUGCUGAUUACGCCGCUCAACUAUAGGAUUUUCAUUUCACCAAAUUAUAUAUUUGCGGUCGUCCGAAAGUUUCUAUCAUCCGCUUCUGAAGUACACUGAUAAGACUAUUAUUAUCAUUUGUGGAUUGCUGCUAUCAUCUCUUCUGUCAGAGUAGGCAGAUAUUUGCUGUUCCGUAAAAAUAUUACAAUGACAGUCAGAUUCGAAUAAACUCGAAGAGAUUUAAAUUUUUUCUUAACAUCGUAAAUUGUAAAAGAAUAAUGUCCUCUGGAUCAAAUCCGGCACCAGGUGUCGAUAUGGAUGAUAGUCGAUUCCGAAUUCGACCAUACCAACAAAUAGUAUCGUCGUGUAGUGGAGCUUUGGUCACCUCACUUUUCAUGACUCCGCUAGAUGUGGUGAAGACACGCCUGCAAACCCAACAGAAGAUGAUGCUAUCAAAUAAAUGCUAUUUGUACUGCAAUGGAUUGAUGGACCAUUUGUGCCCUUGUGGACCUGGUGGUACCAUGUCUGCUUUCUCCAAAACGACGGUUCAUUUCAAUGGAACCAUCGAUGCGUUUGUCAAAAUCAGCCGUCACGAAGGAGUUAAUGCGCUUUGGUCUGGUUUGGGGCCAACGCUUAUUCUAGCCCUACCAACUACUGUUAUAUAUUUUGUUGCGUAUGAACAGAUUCGGAUACAAUUGAAAGAUUUCUGGAUCAAAAGUAAAGGACUGGGUGAAGAAAUACCGUUUUGGUUUCCCUUGCUUGCGGGAAGUUCUGCUCGUGUACUCGCUGUUUCGAUUGUCAACCCGUUGGAGCUGGUUCGCACAAAGAUGCAAUCGGAGAAAAUGAGUUACAGUGAAGUCGGACGUGCCGUUCGAAGCAUGCUCAGGUUGCACGGUAUUUUCGGUCUGUGGAAAGGAUUUUUUCCAACCAUUCUGCGUGAUGUGCCGUUCAGUGGAAUCUAUUGGACUACGUACGAAACAAUUAAGAAGCGAAGUAAUGUGACGCAACCGUCGUUUGGUUUUAGUUUCAUGGGCGGAGCAAUAUCCGGUGGCGUAGCAGCUUUUCUUACCGUUCCUUUUGACGUUGUUAAAACGCAUCAGCAAAUAGAGUUUGGCGAAAAAUUUCUUUAUGCCGACAAUGGUGGUAAAAGAUUACCGACUAAAAGUGCUGGAACAUUUGAAACAAUGAGAAGGAUUUACAUCAAUAACGGUAUCAAAGGUCUGUUUGCUGGACUAACGCCUCGGUUGUUCAAAGUAGCCCCAGCCUGCGCCAUCAUGAUAGCGUCGUUUGAGUACGGGAAGAAUUUCUUCUACAAUUAUAAUGUCACAAAGUAUAUGGUGAAACAGAAUCACAAGGAAUCACCGUCACAAAAUCAAACAAGCACUCGACCGUCAGGUACUAGGAUAAAGCCAACAGGACUUGUAAACAAUUGAAUCUAUUUUAUCGUAAAACCAAACUGCUGAUUAGGGAAAUCAAAUUUGAUUUGAUGUAUUUCAUUGUAAUAAAUUCUAUCUCUGAUGACUGUUCUGAACAGACAAUAGUGUAGUUAGUCAUAGAACCGGUUAUUUUGGACAAAACCGUGAAUAUCAUAUGCAUGGACAGCUUCUGCGCGGUGUAGGCAGCUCUGGUGAAUGUUUUGAACCUUUUACACCACCCAAACGGCAUCGAUUAUUCUGCAAUCAUAAUCAUAGUCAUUUAUAUUUGCCAGCUGGAAACAAAUACGUACAAUAAAUGCAUCUGGAAUGCCACAAAUAAAGAAAGCUUGUCGCACGUAAUAUCUCCAACGUAUGUACAUAAAAAUCGUGUGGAAUACUUCCAUAUUCAAUUCGUCUGAAAUUCGAUCGAGUUAGCAUCAUGAGUUAAAUGAUUUUCAACUGCCAGCAGUAGAUUGUCAGCGAUUGUGAGCGAUAUCGUCAUGAAAAUAUGUGAAAUCGUAUUGUUUCCGGUCAGUCGAGCUUCUCCAACAAUAAGAGAUAAAAGAAAAAGGACAGGUGCGUAAUCUAAGAGACAUAACUGGAUGUCAUGAAUACGAAUAAAACUGACACUCUUUCUUUAUACUUCCGAAUAUCAAUUAGUUGAUCGAGAAUUUCUCGAAGCUUUUGCUGGAAGUUCCUGUUGCAAAGCUCACUUAUCCUUUCCUGGAUUAUCCUAGUUAAGUUGUUAUAACAGGUCUUCUUAUCUAGGAUGGCAGUACGUUGAUACUGCCUCCGGUAGAUAUUUCGAAGUCGGAUGAGUUUCUUGGUGACACUGUCAAUUUGAAGAGAGGAACUCGGCAUAUGUUGUACUAGAACCGUCCUAUCACGAGCGACUGUGAUUGAAUGCUGGAAGUAAGAAAGGGCCGCAUCGAUUUCCAUCGGGGAAUCAAGUGACAAAUCGAUAUUAAUAAGUUGGUCGGCGAUUUGUGGAAAUUGGACCCAGUCGGUGCGAUAAUAGUUCCUCCGAGGUGAAGAUCCCAACGUCAAUAUUACUGGAAAGUGGUCGGAAGAGAGCUCGUUGAAGACAACCGGAGAGCUGUCUAUGGCGAUGUUGCUGAUGAAUAUAUCCAAAAUGGAAUGAACUCCCGAUUUGGAAAGUCGCGUUGGUUGAUCCGGAGCGAGGAUGUUGUACCACAGACUAACAGACAGGACACUCAAAUUAGAUUCUUUAACCAUAUAAACGGUCAUUUCGAAUAUUCCUUUAGUUGGGACAGUACUCGCAUAUGUCAUGAUGGCGCCACGUUACCCUAUCCAAAACAUCCUGUCUGUCAUCUAGACUGUGUUUAUUUUUUUUCAUUUACCAACCGAGUUGCCAUUCAUACAGAUUUACCUGUAAUGUAUGGAUUUGUAUACCUCCAUGCAAAUAUCAUGCAGGAUACAGAUUUAAUACAUAUUGCCAAAACUAUAUACAGAAUUGUGCCUACUUCUAAUCCUCCAACGCAAUACAAAAUCGAACCCGUUUUGUUACAAUAUUUACUUGCUUCUGGUCUGCCGCCACUUAAUUUCGGGAGAAAAUUACCAACACAAUCAAAAAAAAUCUAGAUGAACAACGUUGAGAAAAAUAAAUGUUUACCUUCCAACAUCGCUAAAAAAGUUAAAUUUAUUAUCAACGUAAUCCAAUAAUUUAUUGUGACGAUUCAUUAUCAAAUAUUUCGAUGAAAUCAGGCAUCCCUGCAAGCAGCUGAUCGGUGUUGACAAACGAGGGGAAACCAACUAGUAAAAAAAAACUCUUACGUUACACAAGGGGUGUACCGAUAGUAAAUAGUUCGCGCAGUACAAUAUAGGUGG